CCUCGAUCUCUCCCUCCUGCACCCUAGCCAGCCUCGAUCCCCAACACCCCCUCCUCUCGAUUCACUUGCGCCGCCAGCACCCACGCACCUCUCCUCGAUGUCCUCUUUCCCCUCCUGUGCGCCUCCACCUCGCUUUUCCUUCUCCCCCGCGUCGCCAUCGCCUCCCUCCGCCGCUUCGCCACCAACCGCUGCUGCAGCCUUCCCUCCGCCGGCCUCGGCCUCCCUCGGACCUGACCACCCCGUUGCCGGCCUCGCUCCUCCUCGCCCUGCGUGCCCGCCGCCGCCGCCGGCAGCAGCAGCUGCUGCUGCACACUCUCGCCGACGCCGCGAACCAUCUAAGCUCGCGCCCCCUCGUCGGCCUCCUCGAGCACCGGCCGCGCCGCGCGCCCAACCUUCCUCCAUCGCCGUCUCUCCUGCUCUGCUCCUGCCCCGCCGGUCGCCUCUGCCUCGACCCCGCGCCCGGCCUUCCGCGACCACGCCUCUCCGUCACCGCUCCGUGCACCCCGGCCAUCCUCCUGCGCCAAGUCCCGCCUGCCGGAGUCCCUGCGUCGCCCGCCGUCGUCCUUCGCCGUCGCGUCGGGCUCCUGGACCUCCGCUGCGAGCCCCAUCGCCGCCUGUUCUGGCCGUCCCUGCUUCGGACCCCGACGAGCUGGCUGCCCAGUUGGUCUUGCUGCCUUUGUCGUGGCCAGGUCAAGUCAGACACCCGGAGACCAUCGUUGAUUUUCGCCAAGUACCGGGACGUCAGGACCCGUCAAGUUCAUCUUCGAACCGUCUACGACUACGCGGACUCGCCAAGUACCACUCCGAACCAUGUACGACGACCGUCACCGAAGAACCGUGUAACGUGAACGCGAACGUCUACUUCCACGACCGUCGCGAGAACGUCUACUUCCGCUACGGCCGAGUACAACUACUUCCGACGACGUCCCGUGAACAACUACUUCCUCUACGAAACUCGAACCGCUCCGAAAACGCACGCUUCGAAGCUUCGGUUUCGUUCCGGAGUUGUGAGGAUUCGUUCGACUUCGACCGAUUGUCUUCUUCUUGGACUCGUUCUUCUUCCUAGCGGGAUCUCAG